AUGCCUCCCCGGAUACCGUUUCCCAGCGCUUCGCUGUGCUGCAGGACGGCUCUCAGCACUCCCGCGACCUCAUUGACCGCCUGUCUCGCCCGCCUCACCCUCCAGCAAACCCGCAAUGCCUCGAUCCUAGGCAGCCUGGCCAACAAUCCCGGCGCUGUGCAGAAGAAGAAGAGGGUUGGUCGCGGUCCCUCUUCAGGCCACGGAAAGACUUCUGGAAGGGGUCACAAGGGUCAGGGACAGCACGGCAAGGUGAAGCCCUGGUUCCAGGGUGGUCAAACACCGUUGAUUGUGAAGCACGGCAGGAAGGGCUUUGACAACUUCCGGGCCCCUGAGAUGUCCGAAGUGAACCUGGACCAGAUCCAGAACUGGAUCGACCAAGGCCGACUCGACCCCACGAAGCAAAUCACGCCAAAGGAGCUGAUCGAAAGCAAGCUGAUUGGCAGCGUCAAGGACGGCGUAAAGAUUCUCUCUCGCGGCGGCGAGAACCUCAAGCAGCCAAUCAACGUCAUGGUUUCCAGGGUCUCUUCGGGAGCAAUCACCGCCAUCGAGGCUGCCGGAGGCACGGUCCUAACCAGAUAUUAUACGAAAUUGGCCAUUCAGCGACUCUUGACGGGCGAGUCGGUCAACACAGACAAGCCCCUACCCGUUGGUCAGGAACAUGUGGAAGCGAUCCUAGCAGAGGCGAGAAAGGGCCCAUUCCGAUACAGAUUGCCCGACCCCACGAGCCGUGCCGAUAUCGAGUACUACCGAGACCCAGCGCAUAGAGGAUACCUGAGCCACCAGAUUGCUCCAGGCCAGUCGCCCAGUUUGUACUUCAGGGUGCCUGGUGUGCAGAAGGUGAAGAGCGUGGUGAAGACGGACAAGAAGAAGGCAGAGGAGACGUUGUGUCGCUUAUCUGCUCCACCAAAUCCCCGGCAAAGCACUGACAAUAUCGGUGUCAUCGACUCCAUUCCAACAGGAACCGCCGCUGAGCGCACAGUGACCGCCUUAGUCCAGCCUCCUAGCGCCGCCAUUACGAACUCUCUGCAUCAACCCCGCGGCCGCAGAUCCUCGCCCUUCUUCCGCUCUCCCUCCGCCGUCUUCUCUCUGUCCUUGUCUCUCUCCGUCACGAGUCGCACAAGAGCUCCAGCGAGUCCGUCACCGGCCGGCCACCACAGCAUGUCGCUAUUCGGGGAUGAGUCCACCGACAAUGGGCCGGCUUUGGGCUCGUCGCCUCGUCGCGGAGGAGCCAGAAGCAGCGGCCUUUUCGACGACGAGCCAGCGUCCGGCCGCAAUUCCUCCAGCCUCUUCGACGACGGCAGCGGCGCCUCGUCGCCCUGGGACAUGCCCACGCCGCGCAAGCAGCAGAGCAGGGCCGAGCUGAUCCGCAACCUGCUGCCGGCUUCAGACGUGCCCGAGAGCUAUAUCGAGACGUUUGAUGCCGUAGUGCGUGAGGAUGGCCAAGACGGCCAGGUUACAGCUUCGGGCAUUGCCAAGCUGUUUGCCGUGGCCCGGCUCGAGGCCGAUGCCCAGGCGCGCAUCAUGUCGCUUGUAGCUCCGGGAGGAUCCGACGUUCUAUUGUCGCGCAACGAGUUCAACGUCGUUCUGGCCCUCAUUGGCCUGGCGCAAGAAGGCGACAUCAUCAGCCUUGACGGAGUAGAUGAACGGCGAAGAGAUAUCCCUCGGCCCAAGCUGCCCGGACUGACCGCCGAACCGAUUAUGCCUCCUGUCGCUGAGCUUGCCGCAAAACCGCCACAAGUCCCGUCCAAACACGAAUCCGACCCCGAGCCCGAGUCCUACAACCCCGAGCCCCAACCUCAACCUGAGCCUCAACCUCAACCUCAACCUCAACUUCAGCUCCAUCCCGAAUCUCAGCCCGAACCCGAGCAUUCACAGGCCCCUGCGAGCAUCCUGAGCAGAUCAACCAUGGUUGACCCCGACGACGAUCCGUGGAACACGCCGGAUAUGCACAAGGGACAUGUCCAUUCCCACCAAAACGGAAACGAAAGCCACAAUCCCUCCCUCAAUGGACACAAUGGCGGCUUCAACCAAGAUGCGCCUCCAGCGUUUGAGCCACGUCCCACGAACCAUUACAGUGCUCCGCCAGAGCCAAUCCGCCCUCCUAAUCGUCUACGACAAAUCUCGAACACCUCUUUGUCCGGUCAGGGCGGAUGGGGAGCCGGAUUUUACGGCAGCUCGCCCGCCGGUGGUGGCUUCACCGAUAUACACCAGCCUCAACCUCAGCCGCCCAUCCCAAACAUCUUUGGAGCUCAACCUCAGCCGCCCAUCCCAAACAUCUUUGGGGCUCAACCCCAACCGCCCAUCCCCAACAUCUUUGGAGCGGACGGCGCUGGCCAGAUUGGAACAAUCGUCCCACCUCCCGUUGCUCCGCCCCGGAGCUUGGGAGGCCGUGUCGGAAACAAUACGGAGGAAGUCGUCGUCGUCACUCUCAUGCCUGGCAAGGAGGGCAUAUUCAUGUUUCAGCAUCACAACUACGAAGUCACCAGCCAGCGUCGUGGAAGCAAGGUUGUUCGACGAUAUAGUGACUUUGUCUGGCUGUUGGACUGCUUGCACAAGAGGUAUCCGUUUAGAAUGCUGCCAUUAUUGCCACCCAAGAGGGUAGCCGUGAAUGGAAAUCACCUGUCCAACGAUGGCGCCUUUAUCGAAAAACGACGACGAGGGCUGGGUAGGUUCCUAAAUGCCAUCGUACGACACCCAGUGUUGAGCCUAGAGCAGCUCGUCAUUAUGUUCUUGACUGUCCCUACGGAACUUGCUGUAUGGCGGAAGCAAGCAACUAUUUCUGUCCAAGAUGAAUUCACGGAUCGAGCGCUGCCUCCCGGCCUGGAAGAUUCACUGCCACCGACCCUCGAGGAACUCUUUAUUCGAACGCGCAACGGAGUUCGCCGAUCUGCCGAGCUAUACAUCAACUCGUGCAACAUCAUGGACCGCCUCGUCAAGCGAACAGAGGGUGUCGCCGCCGAUCAUGCGCGGGUUGCCCUGUCGCUCAUUUCGCUCACCGAGGUCUCCGCGGAUACUUAUGCUACCGAUACGAGCGAGAUUCCGCUGCUCAACGACGGCUUGACGGCCAUGAGCAAGCAUUUGCGGACCUGCCAAAGCCUACUCGAAGACGAGAGCCGAGGCUGGGAUGAAGGUGUGCUAGAGGAUCUGAAGCGACAGCGCGAUGCCUUGGUUGGCCUUCGCGAGCUGUUUGACCGAAGGGAACGACUGGACAAGGACAACAUUCCGUACCUGGAAAGGAGGAUACAGGCCAACGAGACUAAACUGGCCAACUUGCGGUCUAAGCCAGAAGGCCUAGUCAAGCCCGGGGAGAUUGAAAAGGUGGCAGAGGCCAUCAUCAAGGACAAGGAGUCUAUAGUGCAGCAGCACAACCGCUCCAUCUUUGUCAAGGAGGCGCUGCGAGACGAGCUCAUCACCUUCCAAUCGACGCAAUAUCACGUCAGCAGGUGGAAUCAGGACUGGGCUGGCGAGCGCGUCAAGUAUGCAGAGAUGCUGGCUGACAAUUGGCGGCGCCUGUUGGAUGCUCUAGAGGGCAUGCCGUUGGGCGACUGA